AUGUCUCGAAAAUCUGAAAGUUCGACGAUUUCAACAAUCAGCGGAAAUUUCGUAAGCUAUGAUAUGUGAGUAUAAUUAGUCUAUUAGUAUAAUUCAUUAAAGUGAAACUUUAUAGGGAACUUCCUGGUGCUCAUUAUAAUCGAUACAAAGAACGCAUGAUUUGUGGAAAAUCUGGAGUUGUUAUAGUGGUUUCAGCGAUAAUUUUAAUCGCAUUUUUCAUUUUACUCGGACUCUUGGCAAUUGUUAUGUUUCCUAUUCUACGACGUAAGUUGAAUUUUCGAAAAUAUUUAGAAAAAAUGAUUUUAAAUACUUUUUUAUUUCAGAAAAACAAUGA